AUGUUGACAUUCAAACUAUUUUCCGCCCUGAUCAUUGUAUCAACUGCUCAUGCAGCGGCCGUUUCGAGCUACCUCGAUUGGAAGUCAUUCCAUGCCACUGGCAUCAAUCUGGGAGGCUGGCUUGUCCAGGAGUCUACCAUUGACACCGCCUGGUGGGCGACUUAUUCCGGUGGAGCUCCGGAUGAAUGGGGCCUCUGCGCCAAUCUAGGCUCCCAGUGCGGACCAGUUCUUGAGCGUCGGUAUGCUACGUGGAUCACUCCUGCCGACAUUGAUUCUUUCGCUGCGGCGGGUAUCAAUACCCUUCGUAUCCCAACCUCAUACGCUGCCUGGACCAAUGUCCCUGGGUCUCAGCUUUACAGUGGCAAUCAAGUCUCGUUCCUCGAGAACAUCUCGAAGUACGCUAUUAGCAAGUAUGGAAUGCAUAUCAUCAUUGAUAUUCAUUCUCUUCCUGGAGGUGUUAACGGGAUGGCAUUUGGAGAAGCAGAAGGGCACUACGGCUGGUUCAACAAUGCGACAGCCCUCGAUUAUUCUUUCCAAGUCAUUGAUUCGGUGAUUAGCUUCGUGACAAACUCGCAAUUUCCCGAGUCCUUCACGAUUGCCCCAAUCAACGAACCCGUGGAUGUACCGGACAUUACAGUCUUUGGUACCCCUUACUGCCUUACCGAUGACGGUGCAAAAUGGGUCCAGGAAUACAUCGAUCAAGUCAUUGCAAAAGUCGAAGCCGCCGAUUCACGAAUCCCAGUCAUGUUCCAGGGCAGCUUCAAGGGUGAAAGAUAUUGGUCACCAAACUUCGCUGCCGGCAAAAAUCUGGUGUUCGAUGUCCAUAACUAUUAUUUCGCGGGCCGUGGUGCCAGCUCAGCAAAUCUCACUCACUUCAUUUGCCAGGACGCGGUGGCCGCGGCGGGAGAUGGAAAGUUCCCCGUUUUCAUUGGAGAAUGGUCCAUUCAAGCCGAGAUCGACAACACUUUCUCGAGCCGGAAGAAGAAUUUGCAGACUGGCAUCGCUGCGUGGAAGAAGUACACACGAGGCAGUUCGUACUGGACUGCCAAGUUCUUUGGCAAUGCGACUGUUUCUGGAGAGGGUACUCAGGCUGAUUACUGGAACUAUGCCACUUUCGUCGGCUUGGGUUAUACGAGCUCGUCUGCGAAUACUGUGACGUGUUAG